UCUCUCUUUCAGUCAUCUUCCCUUUCCCCCUUUCUCUUCUCUUUCUUUUCUUCUCUCUCUCUCUCUCUCUCUCUCUCGUCCUCCCUCCCCAUUUCCUCCUCUCCCCUCCCCCAGACCUAGGCUAAGGGAUUUCAGAACCGGGGGCGGAGUGGAGCUCGGUGGAGGAUUAGAAGCAGCGGAUGUGUUAGGAGAGGUUGGUCGAGAUUUCCACCACCACCCCGCCCCACCCUCCGCUCCUCUGUCGCGUCGAUCCGAAAACUUCUUCUUGGGGAAGAAAGCCUUUUUUUGUUUUAACGAGAAAAGGGAAGAAAGGAGACGGGGAGAAAAGGAACCAACCCAACCCUCCUUCCCUGAAACAACCCAGACCAGAUCCACCCGGAUCCCCUCCCUUGGCUUGGGCGAAAGAGAUCGCAGAGCAGCGGCUGAAUUCCCUCCCCUUCCCCAGCCAGCGCGACCCAGAAGGAGCCGCUGCAACCCGCCACGCUUCCAGCAGUCAUGGGCCAAGCGGGGGAUCCGGCCCGCCGUUUGCCCCACAGCGCCAAGAUCAAGCUGGCUUGAAAGUGGCCAGGGACUCCUCUCUCUUCCAUACGUUCCCAAGAUUGGGCGAUUCCUUCGUCGGUGCCGUAGCCGGUGCUGUGAGACACCAGACCUAAUCCGGAGAAAGAUCUCUUUUAUCCUGUCGGCGGCUGCUCAUCCUCUCGGACGCCUGGGUUUUAACGGGUCCCCUGAGCAUCGUGCGUCAAAGGAAGACGGAGAAAGGACGUUCCUUGAUCUCAAGAAGUCCACGCUUUCUCUUCCGCCCAAAGCCAUUGAUCUCCCGUCCCGUCCCUGCGGGGCUUUGGAUCUCUCCGGUUAGGGGGAUAUAUUAUUUCCACUGCUGAUCAAAAGAUUGCUUUGAACUGCUGUUCCAUCUUCGGCCGCCUGGGUUUUAACGAGUUAAUGGAACACUCCCACUAUUGAUUUUAAAAGGCUUUCUCCACAUUUUUUAAAAAGAAGACCCUUUUUCUCCAGGCACUUGAAUGCUUGGAAUUCCCUGGACAGAAGAAUUGUUCGUCAAGGAUUAUUCAGCCUCCCACUUGCAUUAUUCCCUCGGACGCCUGGGUUCCAAUUGAGCUGCUGAGAUUUGAGUCCAUCUUCCCUGUUGCUUUGCCUAGCCCCGACUGUGCUUCCUCUACAACCCUGGCUUCUGACCCAGCUGAGAAGUUCAUAAGGUGGCACUAGGUACCAAAGUCAACCUUCUGUGUCCUGCUGCUGUUGAUUCUGCUGACCCUCGAACUCCUGGAAUUGCUUGACAUUCGGACUCCGGGUUUUCCUUCUGUUUGUUCACUAUCCCACGUGAAGAUGUCUUCGGCUCCAGCACUGCCGGAGUGGAAGCUCCAGUUAUUAGAGCGUCGGCGUAAAGAGGAGGAAGAGGCCCGCCGGCGAGAACGGGAGCAGCAAGAUCGCAUGGCUAAAAUGCCAGCCUGGAAACGUGAAAUCAUUGAAAGACGCCGCGCUAAGCAAGGCUCUAAUGCUUCUUUCUCAGAAUCUGGUGGCCCAGGAGGGACAGAAAGUGGGGCAGCCCCCACCCCUGCUGCCCCACAGCCCUGCCAAGAGGGGGAUUUAGAGAGCUCUGUGCUGCAGGAGAAGAUUGGCCCAGUCCAUCAGAACCCCUUCAUUCAGCUGGAGAAGCGGCGCCACAAGGAGGUUGCCCCAUUGGAGAGUGACCUCGCUAGUGCUAAGGCCAAGCAGAUUGUGGAUCUGUAUGGGCAGAUUCCCGGCGUCCGCACGCUACGUGCCGACAAUGUCAUUAUCAUUGAGACAGCCCCAGGGGCACCACCAGCACAGAUGACCACUGACCGACACUCUGGGGAGUCCAAAUCAGGCAGCAUGGAGUCCCUCAACGAGCUGCUGGCACGUCGUGGGGGCAGCGUCACUGAGAUCCGCGCCGGAGAGGUCUUCAUUGUCAAGUCAGCUUUGAGCCGUAGUGUAGAGGACCUCAAUUCGGUUGGUAAGGCUGAGUACCGGUCAUCUCUGCCAGAGCAGCGCCGUGGGCGGGUAAGCAAAUUGCUGAGCAGGUUCAACCAGGAGGACAGUGGUGGGCCUGUAUCACCACGGCCAGUGAGAUCCCACAGCACUGAGAACUUAACAGAGGGUACCUAUGUGGCCAGGAAGCCUGGAUAUUUACCGACAGAUCCCAGCCCCAAAAGGCAGCACCGUGACAGGACACCCAGCCCUCCCCGUGACCUACUAGGCCUCUCCUCACCAGUGCCCUUCACUGUGGCGUCUUAUCGCAGCCAGUUUGAAGCCAAAUCAAGCAGUGGUGAGGCUUGGCCAGACAGCCCCCCAAGACGCUCUCCAACAGGCAGAACAUGGGGCAGAGAGGCUGCCUCCCCUGAGAGAGGGUCCAGACCAGACAGUAUUGAUUCUGAGGCUACGUUUGAGUUCUAUCCAGCACCACCACCAGCACCGGUCGCUGAUGAUGAUGUCCAGGGCAAGGCCUUGGCUAAUCUACGGCUGCACUCCCGGAACUCCUUUGUGGUUGUGCCGCGACGGGCCUCAACCUCCCCACCCCCACCCACAGACCUCAGGCAGGAAGCCAACCCUUCUCCUUCUUCUCUCAGGCCCCCAGCCCCCACUUCCUGCUCCUCAGCCAGCUGUGAGCUGCUUCCCCUGGACACUGAAGAUCCACCCGAGGCUGAGGCCAUGAGGCGCAGCGGGAACAGCUAUGCCAAGGAGGAUGUCAGGGUGGGGGGCUUGGCUCAUGCCUCGUCCCCCCACCCAGCUGUGCAGCGUCGCAGUGGCAACACCAUCACGAUCAACCCUCGCAAGGCCCCUGUGACACCUGUCACUGCAGUGGAGAACGGCAUUGAGGGUGACUCUCCCACAGCUGUGGCUCCUGUGAAGAAACGCUACCCCACAGCUGAGGAGAUCCAGGUGAUUGGAGGCUACCUCUCACUGCAAAGGUCCUGCCUUGCAAAGAAUGAUCCACAUCGGAAAAAGCUGAAGAUUUCAUUCAGCGAGAACCAGCUGGAAAGGACCUUCCAGUACCCAUCGGAGGGUUCUCUGCUGGAGGAGUUUGGACCUCCUGAGGAGUCAGAGCCUUUGGCGUGUACCAACCCCCAUGGGGAUGAUGAAGAGGAAGAAGAGGAGCUGCUGCUGCUUCAUCGUGGCCUCCCAGGCCUACUGAGGACCAAACCCCUUAUCGUGGAUGAGUCUUGUCGGCGGUAACCCUACUCAUAAUUCUCCAUCACAGGGAAGGAUGUAGGAUAUCUAAAGAUUUGCAUCACCCUUCAAGUCCCUUAGCUGGACUUUUCUUUUUUCGUCUUCCAGUGACUACCACAUCAAGGGAAGAAGCUGAGACCAUCCCAGACUGGACAGUUCUGCCCAUUUUCCUAGGACUCAGUGUCUUUCUUUCUCUGAGAUGGGAGAAAAAGCUUGAAAAAUACCUUCCUUUCAUUUUUGUUCUGAAUUCAGCACUGAAAACAGGACCUCAGAAACCCCACCCUAAAUCUAAACAGCAAGGAUCCGUGUCACAUAUCAGGCUGCUCAAUCUGGCCUAUACAAAAAGAUUGCAUCCACAUGGGUUCAACUCAAAGAAAAUCUUUUUUCCUAUACUGAUGCAAAAACAACUUGGAUAUGAAGAUGUUGAAACAGCCAGCAAGGUGGAGCACCAAACCUUAUGCCUGCCUGCCUGCCUGUCUCCAGUGUUGCCGCAGAUCCCCAGCCAAGGGCUAUUUUCUCCUUGCUGUUACCCAAACACUGCCCCUGCUGAGCUGAGGGAUGUUUCCAGUUCUGCAGACCCACUUUUUUGUAAAAUAUUUGGAGGUUAUCCUUUAGGACUUUUGUUAUUUUUAAAUUUUCUAAUCGCUGCCAUGGUGAGGAAGGGGAAUUGGAGGGAGGAACUGGCUUUGGGAGGGGGCAAUUUUGGUGGCCAACAACCUAUCAGUAUUGGGGAAGGAUUUGUACCAAGAAUAGCAGGGAGGGUGGUAUGCCAAACAGUCUUUUAAAAAAGCCAUUCUGAAGCAAGGCAAUUCUAAACUGUACGGCUAUCUGUGUUGUUAAAACAAUUACAGCUGGUCUUAAGGCAUGCAAAUGGGCAAAUAUGGACUAUGUGAUUUCUACAUAUGAGCAGAGCUCAUUGCUGUUUGGGACAGUUUUCAUUUUUCUUGUCUUCUAGGCAGGAGCAGUUGUGUCAAGAAAACAAAACUUGUGUUUGGAAGCAAGAAAGAAUAGGCAGUUGCAUGUGGAGAUGAUAAACCACAAAAUGGAGUGUAAAAUAUGGUUUCUUGUCUUUGCCCCACUUACUUCCUGUCUAGGAUUCAGAACUCCGGAAGGAUUGGGCAAGUGGGCAUGGAGGGAAAUGUGGAAUUGAAAAGAUGAGGAGAGGCAGGUUGAAUGUUAGAAAACAGAGUGACAUUUCAACAUGUUUUUUAAAAACGAUCAGCCAUCUUAAAUGAUUGUUUGCUACUCUUCACUGCAUGGUGUUCUUAAGUAGGAAAAAAAGAGGCUAAUUUGGGAAAGGCUUUCAAAAAUGUCAGAAAGCACAGUAGUCACAACAGUUUAAAAUGGUGACAUUUAGGACUUCAAGGACAAGACAGUGAAUUAAACCCAGAGAGGGUACAGCUCAGACUUUUCUGUGCCAAUGACUAAAGCCCAGCCAUAGGCCAAUAGCAUAUUGUUCUGGAGGUAUAUGGACAAAUGUGGAAGUGUGUUUUUGUUUUGUUUUUUUACAACUGAGAGCAGUAACAAUCUUGGUUGCGACUAAAACCAGAUAAUGUGGUGCUUUUGUCUGAAGAUGCUACUCGGUUUCUUCAAACACCCUCAACCAAUUCCUCUGCUGGGAUCAGGGCUUUGUGAACCAUACCUCCAUGCCACCUGUCACAGUCUGUGUGUGAUUCUCUAAAUCCUUCUUAAAAAACAUAACCAUGCUGGAAAUGUCCAGAUCACAGUGGCAGUAUUUCUCAAAUGCUUAUCUUGGAAACCCCCACUUAUGAACCAUCUCUGUCUAGUGGAAAACUUGUGUUCAGCAGCUUGUGGGAAAAGGGUACAACCCAUCUGUGAGAGAGGAUUCAGACUGAAGAGUGAUGAAUGUAUGAGUGGGGAGUUGUGACUGUAGGAGCGCCAGUGGUUCGUCAAACUGUGGAGGAAGAGUGUGGACUGAGGAAGCAGGAGCAUGAAUGAGUGGAUGAAGGAAGUGCAGAGGGGAAGGAACAAGGAAAAUGGUGUGUUUCUUCCCUCUCCUUUCCUUACUAAUUUAUCUUGUUAUCUGUGCACAGUUUUUAUUAUCAUUUCCCCCUUUUUUUGCACUGUGGAAACAGCCGUUGUCUAGAGUCCAUGAACAAGUCAGCAAGUGAAUGAUUAGGCAUGGCAGACAUCACUUCCUCUACAGGGGCGAAAUGGAGCCUUGCUCAGAUCAAUGUUUGUGAAAUGAGGGCUGAAGCAGCUGUGUCCAGCCAUUUCCAUCAGUGUUUUUAUAUUAUUAUUAUUAUUA